CGCCUUACGCGAGGGAACCAUGGCUGACACGCGGAGUCCAUCUUAUAAAUCCAAGCUACCAUGCAGAGUUUCCUUGCAACACCGGCGCAUAAUUGUUCAGUUGACUAUUCGCUUCUCUACCUUGGUCCUGCUGCAGCGUAGAUCCUCUUCUCAUUAGGUAUCCAACAAAGAGAUAAUCAAUCAACCAUGUCAGCCCCCUCAACCUCCCAAAAACCACUUCUGCACUUCCCCGACCGCCCGCAGUUCUCCGGGUUCAUGAAACCCUGCCGGGUCGAAGGAGAAAUCCAAAACCUCGAGGUUUACGGCGAGAUCCCGGCAGACAUUGACGGGACGUUUUACCGCGUCAUGCCCGAUCCUCAGUUUUCGCCGUUCAUUGAAGAUGAUCCAUGGUUUAACGGCGACGGCAACAUCAGCGCCUUCAGAAUCAAGGACGGCCAGGCCUCCUUCAAGCAGCGGUACGUGCGAACAGAGAAAUUUACCCGUGAAAGAGACGCCCAACGGGCACUCCUUGGUAAAUACCGCAACAAGUACACCGACGCUGUGGAGUUCAAAGUUCGCACCACGGCCAACACAAAUGUCGUCUAUUUCAACGGCAAACUGCUGGCGCUUAAGGAAGAUGCACCCCCUUAUGCCAUAGACCCUCAGACCUUGGAGACGCAUGGCCUAUACACCUUUGACGGCCAGCUUCCCAGUUUGACUUUCACGGCGCACCCGAAAUUCGAUCCAAGAACAGGCGACAUGAUCUGCUUCGGAUACGAAGCUAAGGGUGAUGGUACUCCAGAUGUCUGCUAUUAUCGCAUUGGCCCAGACGGGAAAUUCUUGGAGGUUGUGUGGUUGUGUGCACCUGUUGUUGCCAUGAUCCACGACUUUGCCGUCACAGAUAACUGGGUCGUUUUCCCUCUCAUCCCGCAGCUUUGCGACAUUGAGCGGAUGAAAAAAGGCGGGGAGCAUUGGCAGUGGAGUCCCGAGACUCCAUUCUACCUCGGCGUCCUCCCAAGAAAGGGAGCAAAGCCCACCGAUAUCAAAUGGUUCCGCUACAGAAACUCCUUUCCAGGACACACAGCCAACGCAUACGAGGAUAAGUCUGGAAACAUCAUAUUGGAUCUCGGCCUAAGCGAGAAGAACGUGUUUUUCUGGUGGCCCGAUGCCCAGGGAAACGCUCCAGAGCCCAGCUCAAUCCAUUCCCAGUUGACUCGAUUCACGAUCGACCCGUCAUCACCGAACCUUGAGUUGGCCAAUGCCGAGAUUCUCCAGAGUAACAACUCGGAGUUCUACCGAAUCGACGAUCGCUUCUCGACUCAAGUGUACCGUCAUUGCUAUUUCGAUCUAAUGGACCCAGCCCUGGGCACAGAUUUCCCCGCCAUCGCGCCUCAGCUAGGUGGUGGCUACCCGCUAUAUAAUUCGCUGGCGCACUUGGACAUUGUCACUCGUCAGACGGAGAUAUACUUUCCCGGCCGGACACAUAUGGUGCAGGAGCCGGUGUUCAUUCCUCGCCGCGGAUCUACUGAGGAAGGAGACGGUUACAUCUUGGCACUGGUGAACAACUACGCAUCUAUGUCUAGCGAGUUGCAUCUCUUGGACACGAGGGACUUCACUAAAGCCCAGGCGGUAAUCUUGCUGCCUAUCCGGUUGAGGCAGGGGUUGCAUGGAAACUGGGUAGACAGCGAAGAUACUCAACCAAGGGCCGAGUGAGCCCACAGGUAAGGGAAAGGAGAGGCGGUAAUUAUCUUCUUAGCCAGUGAUAUGCAC